AUGGGCCAAGCUCUUCCCAAGCACCACUGGCACGAAGCCGACAGAUUCCUCGUCGCGGCCCAGCUCCACGUGCCGGAAGAAGCGCGCGAAGCCGGCCAUGCGCAACGACAACAACAGCAGCACCAUCAACACGGCCAGCAGCAACAACAUGGCCAUCAUCACCAUGACCACCACCACAGCCGCCGACGCCACAGCGACAGCUUCGGCCUCGGCCUCACCACUCUAACGACCCGCCCUUCUGCCCUUUCUUCCCCAUCCACCACCUCUUCCGCCACUUCAACUGCGUCUACUACCGCCUCUUCGUCCGCAUCCCCAUCACCCUCCUCCUCAGACGUCGAUGAUGACGAAGGCGAUGACGACGACGAUGACGACGACUCCGCCGACAGCACCGCGCCACCACUUUUCACCUCCCUCCCGCCCGCCGAGGCGCGCGCCAUCACGGCCGCGCAUUGGGCGCACGUUGUGCAGCUGGCGCGCGGCUUCGAGCGCGUGUACGCCGGGGCGUUGGAGGCGUGGGUGUGCGCUACUCCUCCCGCUACUGAGCGACCAGCAACGUCCUCGCAUAGGAGGGGAGCAAGCAGGAUUGUCCGAAGCUCGAGCAAGAGCAGCGCAAGCAGCGGCAACUGGACGACGAUGAAGAGGGGACGUGGUCACGUGAGUGAUGGGAGCGGGGGAAGCAGCGGUAGCUGCGGGACGUUCGGGAGCAGUGGCAGUAGUAGCAGCGGCGGUGGUGUUGGUGUGGAGGAUGGCGAAGGGAGUGCGGAGGUGCUGCGUGCGGUGGAGCAGGAGAAGAGGGGCAAGAAUGAGAGAGAGGGGGUAGAGGAAAAGAGGUCUUCAAGCCACAUCACGAUUGGGGCGAAGAGGUUUCUGAGGGUGCAUGCACACACAGAACGUCGGACGGAUAUGGGAAGCUGGACAGCAGCAGACCUGAUCGAUCUGGCAACAAGGGGUGGUCCGCUGCGAUGCUACCGGUGGCAUAGCGAUGGUGUUGGCAGGGAGGGAAAGGAGAGGAGCAAGCGGCAGCUGACGGAGGACGCGGCGAAGCUGGGGUGGUGCGGGAGGAUGGUUUUGAGCAAUUUCCAGGAGUCUACAACGGCUCCAGGUGGUACAGGAGCGACAGAUGAAGCAGAGAAAGCUCAAAAAGACGAGGAAGGAACAGUGGAUGAGGAAACAGGCCUCUACAGCAUCACUGUCCGGGUCCUCACGACCGCUAUCCGCAACCGCGCUCUGAGCGCCGCCGUUCCUCAAGUGAACACCACGACAAGCGACCCCAAUAACCAGACGCAGUCUGCAUCUUCCCACACCUUCCUCACCAUCACACCCGCCUGUCUUCUCCUCAUCAAGCUCCUCACAAUUCUCUACCCUUCCGGACCCCCCUGGUCCACAUCUGCCACCAAUGACUACGACUUCGACGCUCAGACCGCCCAACCGACCGCCAACAUCCCCGAAGAAACCACCGCGCGCAACCGCCGCGUCUGGAUCGCCAUGAGUCUCGGCUGGGCCUGGGCUUUGCAAGCGUACCUCGCCGCACACCCUUCUCAGCAAUCCUCUGCAGCAGACCACAACAACGACGGCAUCGACGACGACCACACCGGCCUCAACUUUCUGGAUGCGGAGGAGUACUUGCUGGAGGAUGACGACGACCUGCUGGAUGAGGACGACGAGGACGAGUGGCAGGCGCAGCUGGAGGACAUGAGCGAGGUGGACAUUGACGAUGAGGAUGUCCUGGCAGCCCUGGCGCGGGUGCAGCUGAGCGGGGGAGGUAGCGCUGGUGGUGGGCAGAGGAGAGCUAGUUUGGUGCCUAGUGAUGGGGAUGACGACGAUGAGUUAAGGGAAGAGAGUGAGGGCGAAGGAUGA